AUGGGUCAAUAUUUUGUCACCAACGUCCACACGUGCCGGCGGCUACAUCCUACAUUCUGGAGUCACGCAAUCGAGCCAGGUGAUGAAUUGACAAUGACAAUGAUCCUCGAUGAUGUCGAAGCAGAAAAAGGCUACUGUCCAUAUAAGUCAUGUGGCGAGUUGACCACAGGGAUUCCCUUGAGCGGGCGCGGAAGGAUCUGCCCGAACUGCUUUCGCUUUGCAGUGAUUUCGCGGAAGAAGAUGACUUAUCCUAAGAGUUGUGGUCAGCAUGAUGCACCCAAUUCCAGUCAUGACCCUCUUGUCCCGGGGCCGGAUUCUGAGCUGACUCCGGGAGAGACUGCCACCUUUGAGGAAGUCAAAGAAGCAGGCCUGCCGCCUCCACUUCUUCCUCAGGCAAAUAUUUAUGAAGAGGAAGAUAUCGAGCUAUACCAUUCUAUCCAAGUCGCGCAAACUCUGUUGAUCGAUGAAUACGAGACAAGCUUAAAAUGUUGA